GAAUGCAAAUUACUUUAAAAGGGCAAUUUGAAAAUUUCCCUGUUUGACAAUGGUAAUGUUUAGGUUGGUAACAAACAUAUGGAAACGAACAGAAAAAACUGCUAAGUUCAGAAGAGUUUGUAAAAUGAGAAUAUUGAAUGUUUUCCCGAAAUCCAAUGGCCAAUACGUUUUUUGAUUUCGAUUCUUCGUUAAACGGCAAUUUAGAGCUAAAGAACGGCGAGACCUUGCUACCAGAGGAAGAUGAUUGCAUUGAAAAUGAAGAAGAAUAUGAUGCUUUAAAUGAUGAGACUUUCGGGGCUCUUGACGAAUCCAGUUUGGAUGAUUGGGAGCAGCAGCAUGAGCAGUUCGCCGAGAUCAACGAGAGUUCGAAGCAGUCAGAACAAAUUGAAAAUUCACUGUCCCAGUUAGUUCUGGAUGAUUCAUCUGAUGAUUCAGAAGCUGGCCAUGUCUCUUUUACUAAAGAUCCUCUAUUUGAGGCUUUUACGCCCACCCUAGGUAGAGAAGUAUUGCAGCAAGAAGUACUUACCAGUAUAGAAAAAGCAUCAAGAUAUUUUAUCAAGUCCCGAACAGAUGCCCCAAAUUUCAACAACCAGUCAGCCAGACAUCCUCCAGGUUUGCCGAACAAAAUUUGCACAGUUGAAGAGCUGGAGAAGAACCUUAUUCAGAAUUCUAGAAACAAUGUCCAUGUGCAACAAAAACCUUUACUUUUGCCACCCCAGCAAUCACAGCCUGGGCAAAGACCAGUGCUGCCUCCCCCACCUGGAGUGCACCACUUUCAUCCCAUUUUACAGCACCCUAACGCUAGAUUGCCACCUCCUGGUUUACCACCUCUCAAUAUGCCACCGCCUAGACCACCAUUGAACGCUCACCAUCACCCAAUGAUGCCACCAGGGAUGAUAAGGAUGAUGCCUCCACAUCCACAUCUAAUGCAGCACAAUGGUCCUCCAGGGUUUAUGUACAUCAACCACCAUGGCAACAACCUACCCGCCAAUCAUCCUUUUAAUUUUCCUCCGCCACCCCAUAGCAUGGGUAUGAUGGCGAAUAAGAAUAUGCAUCAGAAAAUGUACUCCAAUCAGACGAGUUAUGGCUCGCCGACGCAUCACCAUCCACGAUCUCGUAAUAAUAGUGGCAAUUACAGGUAUGAACGCAGAGAUCUGGAAGAAGUAAAUCGAGACGAAUACGCCGGAUUAAUGACAAUAAGAGACAAACAGUGGUUAUUAAACAUUCAACUCUUGCAGUUAAAUACCGGCACACCAUAUUUCGAUGACUAUUACUACACGAUUUUCAAAGAGAGGAAACUUAAGAACAACAAGGAAAAUACACCGAAUAAUGACAAAGGUAACUGGUUCGGUGCGAGCAAUGGCAGGCAAAGGAGAAACAGUGAGAGGCAAGAAAACAAUACUCUCACCCCCAGGGUGUAUACCCCUCUACAGUUCGAGAAUUCUUUAGGGAAACUGCAGUGUGGUUCAGUAACCGCGCCUCGAAAAAUAAUAGAUAUGGACAUAGUGACACCAGAUAAAGACUUGGACAGCCUGAGUCUGUCUAAAGAUUCUAGGAAGACCAAACAGUUGCUUUUGGAGCUCGAGGCUCUCUAUUCCUUACUGCUAAAAGCUGAGGAUAUUAAAAAUCCAUUGUUUAUUAGUAAUAUGGAAAAGUUGCGGGAAAUCAAGCAAAAGCAAAGGUUAAAGGAAUUGGAACAGGCGCCGACGUCGGAGCAGAAACAAGAGGUGCUGCGGCUCUUUAAAAUGGAGAGUGAACCUAUUGUUGAGAACCAACUAGAUUAUUUCAUCAAAAUCGUUAGCGCUUUGCUUCAGGAUGACAAAUUUGCGAGUUUCAUGAACAUUAGGAAGGGGAAGAUGUUGCUCUUGAGAGUGCUACCGCAUUUGACUAGGGAUCAAUUUGCUUCUCAGUUGUUGGAAAUCUGGAGCCGGCUGUUGCUAAGCUUACCUGUAAUCGGCAGGAGAGACACUGCGGGCGACAACAUCUUGCCCAAGUUCUAUCCGAGCUUUAAAAGGUACGUACAAAACUGCGAUCUUUCCGAGAUAUUGCACAUGACGUCUGGUCUGGUUGAGGUCGUGAGGCAGGAGAAUAGCAGAAGUACCCCGUUGAGUCACGUCGGCAAAGCCCCUUUAUAUUUCAUGCUUCUGAAUAAGUUCGGGGUGUCAGCUCUGACGGUAAUGCUGGUACGAUCGGAAUUGUUGUUCUCGUCCUCCCACACAGAGAAGCAGACCGACGAGUGGGCGACUUUUUUGUGUUCUUGGGCCAAGCAUACGGAAAUCGCGACUAAGGUAGCUGUCCCGAUCGAGCCAGUAGCGCCGCAAACGUUCGUCAAGCACGUUAACCGUUUCCCUAGCUUAUCGGCCGAGAACAAAGCGUCGCUCGAGCGGUAUUUUGUCGAAACUCGGUCUCUGACUUGAGCAAAUUACUUUUUCUUGACAAAAUUCACCGACGCAAGCGGUUUUUAGCAAUUGUUUUUUCGAGGAAACCCCCUUUUUUUACAGCUAUUUGUUGUUAUCCUUCGGCUUGUACAUAAUAUCGAUUUUUAAUGAUUUUCGAGCAGUUCCACCAAUUCGUGCGGAUAUUUUAGGUACUUGUCGCCCACUAUUUAAUUUUAUUUAUCCGAAAAAUUGUCCACCGCACGGAAAAAAACAUUUUCCGAUUUAACUUUAUAGUUUUACUUAGGGCGCGAAAUGUUGAACGUUUUAUAUUCGUUUGUAUGAUGGAGAUGUUGCGACGCGUUAGGAUAUAGUUCCCUCGUGCAAUGAUAUAUGUUCAGGUAAUUGCUCGGGGGACUUUAUUCAGGUUUUAUAAUUUUUUUGUGUUUAUUUCGAGAUAUCUAAAUAUGUUGGAAGGAUAUCGUUAUAAGUUAACGCUUUUUUCAAUUACUAUUGACUAGGAGUUAUUGUCAAACUGAUAAUAAA